AUGCUGUGCAUCAUCAAGUCGUGCAUCAUCGAACCAGGGAUUCUCGUUGUGCCCCUCGUGCGUAACCACGAAGCCCAGACAGAUAUUUCUCGUCCGAGAGAAAAGGAGUGA